AAUCUUUCCGGCCAUGCGAACCGAGGUCGUGCCAACCUUCUGCGCGCUCGCGUCCGAGCCGCUGCCGCCCGAGUUCAUCGGGCCGCUCGGCGCGAUCCUCGGCGCCGACGACACGGAGCUCCACCUCUUCGCCCUCGACGACCAUGACGUGGUGCGCGUGGCCUCGACCGCCGACGCAGCCCGCCUGCGUUCGGUCACCGGUCUGGCGUACGUCAUUCAUUGUACCGUGCGUGACUCCAUCCUGACGCGCUUCUGGCUGCCACGCACCGAAUUGCGCAGUGACAACGACCACGCCGCCGCCCUCCAACGUCUUCUUGGCGCGGUGGCGGCGACGGCGAAUGCAGCGCACCCGUACUUUACACUCAGCGCCUUUCCCGAGCGACUCGUGCCCGCCGCGUCGGCGAUCGCGCACGAAGUCGCGUGGGUUGGCGACACGUACGAGGUUCACGACCAGCUCAGUAUGGCUGGUAUGCCGACGACGCCAAGCCACGCGCUCGGGCAGGCAUGGGCCGACGGCGACGACGUGUUUGUCAUGGACACGCUCAAGGCGAGUGACGCGGCGCGCAUCAUUGCACUCGCGACAGUCGAGUACGAUGCGGCGUACAUUGAGUUUCUCGCGUCGCAUCCGUUCUACUCGAAAUUUGCGCGCGUCGUGCGUCUCCAAGCGACCGGCGACGUGGUCUCGUCCUGCGUGAUCCACGGCGACUUCUCCCUUGGACUUGUCUCGACGGACCCGACGUUUCUGCGCCGCGGGCUCGCCCACGAAGCAGUUCACGCGACGCUGUCGGCGGUCCGCACCUUCUUGAAGGAGAGUCCGAUGCACGCGACGCUGCGUCUGCGCCCGUUCUCGGCGAUCAAGGUCGGCAACACGCCGAGUGCCAAGAUGAUGGCCAAGUUUGGCUUUGCACCGCGCCCCAACGCCAACGUCGUCUGGAUGGGCGUGCACCUCUAAUGCCGCUGUCUAUAUACAUGUGUGUGUCGGUUCAAGGUGCGGGUACGUUCUUGCUGGCGAGUUUGCUGCUGGGGGUGUUCCAUCGUGUUGACGCAC